AUGAACUACUACAUUCCGCGAUGGUGGUUCCUUCUAUGUGUGCUGUCAUCUGUUGUGAGCAUCACAAUUUCUGCGUUCUCAAUAUCGCAGCAGCUCCUCAACUAUAGAAAGCCUUAUGAGCAGCGUUUGGUCAUAAGGAUCCAGCUGAUGGUUCCUCUCUUCUGUGUGACGUGCCUGCUAGCAUGCGUGAUACCACAAUGGUCAGAGGUUUGGAUCAACCCCAUACGUGAAAUCUACGAGGCGUUCGUGAUAUACACCUUCUUCUCGCUGCUAACGCUGAUUUUAGGAGGGGAGCGUAAAAUCAUAACGGAACUGUCAAUGGGGAAACCGCCUAUGCGUCACCCAAUUCCAGUAUUAGGUUCCUUUAUUUCUGCCGUAGAUAUGUCAGAUCCUAAUGACUUUCUGAGCAUCAAAAGGGGAAUUUUGCAAUACGUGUGGAUUAAGCCUUUUUACUGUUUGGGCAACAUCAUCUGUAUGAAGUAUGAGUGGAAGCGAGAAUUUUGGAGCCUGUUUUGGACUAUUGUCUACAAUGUUUCAGCUAGCUUAUCACUUUACAACUUAGCUCUGUUCUGGAAGUGCCUUUACGGAGACCUGCAGAAGUACAACCCAUGGUCGAAAUUCCUGUGUGUUAAGCUCAUUAUCUUCGCAUCAUAUUGGCAGGAAAUUCUGAUCUCAGUCCUAAGCAAGUACGGAGUUAUAAGACAUGACUCAGACGUGGAUUAUGGGUAUGUUUACCAAAAUGCAGUGUUGUGUGUGGAAAUGAUAGGAUUCGCCAUUGGUCACCUUUAUGCAUUCAUUUGGACGACUUACGAUUCAAAGAGGAUACCCGAGGGAGCACGUUUGCGCUUCUAUUCUGCUGUCAAGGAUUGCUUCGGAUUUGGAGAUCUAAUUUGGGACUUUAGGGUGACAUUUCUCGGUAACUUGUAUAGUUACCGAAAUUUCAACUCGGCAGAGGCAGUGGUGGCCCAUUUGGAUGCGAGGUCCCGCCUUAAUAGACUGCAAGCGGGGCUAAGGUACACGGAUGGUGGCAGAGAGAAUUACUGGGUCAACGAAGGUGACCAAUCACCAGCUUCGUCCCGCUACGGGAGUGUUGGGGAAGAUGAUUCGUGGACAGAAAUUUCGCCAACUGGUUUUGUUCCUGAGGACCCUAAUUACCCAGUCAAGUGGGAUGUUGAUGCACACAAAUAUAGUAGGGACAUCGAAAGGCUGCGACAGAACACAAGGAGAGCAUAUCCAGGCUAA